AUGUCGUCCACAGGCUCACUCGCGGUGCCGCCGUCGCCAUCAUCGUCGAAGCGUUCGCGCAGUAGAGACAGCUCUCGAUCCGCUGCUGCUUCCUCCGUCAAUACGCCCUUCGUCACACCGAGCGCCACACCCUCCGCGAGCGCCCCGAGUCUCCUGAUACCUCAAUCGAGCUCUCAGACAAGUUCCUUAGCCGAUCAGGAACCUCCAGAUCUGACACCAUACCCGGCAUUCUUGCAAUUGAAGAUAGAAAUUCUGGAAAAGUAUCAAGAUCUCGAAUGGCAACAGCGUGAAAGACUUCUCCCUAAUGGCCGGGCCGUAUCGCCGACCUCGCAAUGGGCAAAAUGCACAGGGCCUGAGGUCGCGCAACGGAACCGAUAUGUCAAUGUCGAUCCCUAUCAGAACAAUAGAGUCAAGCUCCAGGUGCCAGAAGGGUACAGCGACUACAUCAAUGCGUCACCGAUCGUGUUGGAGUCCACCAAGACAAAGAAGAUCACCCGGUUCAUCGCAACACAGGGUCCAAAACCAGAGAGCUUUUCGCACAUCUGGCGCAUGAUCUGGGAGCAGACAACCUCCCCUGCCGUAGCUAUCAUGCUCACAAAAACUCACGAGGGUGGGCGCGAGAAGUGUUUUGCGUAUUAUCCCCAGUCUUUGCAGAUGCCGGAUCUCAGGAUCAAUGCGCAUGACGAAUUCAAGGACGGGAUCAUUCACAACUUGCACUUGGCCUCGCUGGUCGAUAACGAAGAGGUGAGCGCGCAAGUGCGCGAACUGGACAUGUCGACCGAAGACGGUAGCGAAACGAAAAAGAUCUGGCACUUGUUAUUCGAGGGUUGGCCAGACUUUUCCGUGCCCGAGGAUGCGAAUCAGGCUGCCCUCCUCAAGUUGAUAGACCUUUCGAGAGAGAGAAACGCAGACAAUGCGAACAAUCCCCGAAUUGUACAUUGCAGCGCUGGGGUUGGCCGUAGCGGUACAUUCAUCGCAUUAGAUUGGCUUUUGCAAGAAUUGGAAGAAGGAAGCAUGGACAACUUGCACGAGGACGACGAUCCGAUUCUGACGGUUGUCGAUAACCUACGACUGCAGCGCAUGAUGAUGGUACAGAGUGAAGCUCAGUUUAUCUUUCUCUACGAUGUCAUACGCGAGCGCUGGCGGGAUCGGUGGGUCAAGCAGAAUCCCGAAGAAGCGGACCGCUUAGGGCUUGACCUGGUUCGAGAGCCUCGACACAAGAGAGCGAGGCCGAGCCGGGAGAUCGAGAUUAGAAGAGAUGACGAUGCCCAUGCCGAACUGGAAGCAGAGCUGGUUGGCAACCAGAUGGAGUUCGAGCACGGAAGAACUUGA